ACCUGCUCAGACCCCCCAAUCUCUCCCUUCCUCUCUCCCCCCCUCUCUCUCGCUCUCUAGCCUGGUGGUUUUGAUUAGGGCAAAAUCAAAAGAAAGUCUCUUGCUUUUACCAGGUUCUGUUUUUGUUUGGCUUACAUUUAUGUUACUUUUGCUUAUUUUUUCCAGUUAAUGUAGCUUAAUCACAAUGAAACACUGAACCCAUGAAACAACUUCACAAAGCUAGAAUCUUUGAACUGGGGUUUUCAAAAUAUGGGUUUUUUAGCUUGAAUGGCAGUGAAGACUUACAUACUUGAGCAUGAUAUGGUGUAGCAAUGGUGAUUUUGUUGUGCUUUUGUAAUUGGUGUUAAUGUGAAUAAUUUGUUGAAAUGGGUAACGUGGAAAUACCCGAAUGGUUAAAAGGGUUGCCUUUAGCACCUGAGUUUAGGCCAACUGAUACUGAAUUUGCAGACCCAAUUGCUUACAUAUCGAAAAUUGAGAAGGAAGCUAGUGCUUUUGGGAUUUGUAAGAUCAUACCUCCAUUGCCUAAACCUUCGAAAAGAUAUGUUUUCAGUAACUUGAAUAAGGCGCUGUCUAAGUGUCCGGAAUUGGGUGAUGAUGUGGACUUGUCGAAUGGUGUUUUAAGGGAUGGUGGUAAUGAUGGGGAGAAUAGGGCGGUGUUUACUACUAGGCAGCAGGAGUUAGGGCAAAGUGCGAAGAAAGCAAAAGGGGUGGAUAAGGAGAAUCCCCAAUCGGGUGUUCAUCAGCAAGUUUGGCAAAGUGGCGAGGUUUAUACGUUGGAACAGUUUGAGUCUAAGUCUAAGGCUUUUGCGAGGAGUUUGUUGGGUAUUAUUAAGGAGGUUAAUCCAUUGGCUGUGGAGGCAUUGUUUUGGAAGGCAGCUUCUGAGAAGCCUAUCUAUGUGGAAUAUGCAAAUGAUGUGCCUGGUUCAGGAUUUGGGGAACCCGAAGGUCACUUUCGAUAUUUUCAAAGACGGAGGAGGAAGAGGGCAUCGUAUCAGUCUUAUCGCCGGAGUAGAGAAAUCCCUGUUUGCCGGGAAAAUGAUAUGGAUGGUGUAAAGAAUUCCCAUAAUGACGAUGUUACUGUUAAGAAUGAGCCAAGCAUGUGUUUGAAGAUGACACCGAGGUCAUCUAUGGCAUCCGCAACUCCUUCUGCAGAGGAUAGUUUGAAGUCUUCUAAGCAAAAGAGUGUAGCUGCAUCUAAUGAUAUGGAAGGUACUGCAGGCUGGAAGCUUUCAAAUAGCCCUUGGAAUCUGCAAGUGAUUGCUCGCUCACCUGGCUCACUUACUCGUUUUAUGCCAGAUGAUAUCCCAGGUGUUACUUCUCCUAUGGUCUAUAUUGGUAUGUUGUUUAGUUGGUUUGCUUGGCAUGUUGAGGAUCAUGAGCUUCACAGCAUGAAUUUUCUACAUAUUGGUUCUCCAAAGACUUGGUAUGCUGUCCCUGGAGAUUAUGUAUUUGCUUUUGAGGAAGUUAUACGCACUAAGGCUUAUGGUGGCAAUAUUGAUCGACUAGCUGCCCUGAGUCUGUUGGGUGAGAAGACAACCCUUCUGUCUCCUGAAGCAAUUAUUUCCUCAGGCAUUCCUUGUUGUAGGUUAGUACAGAAUCCUGGUGAAUUUGUUGUGACUUUUCCAAGGGCCUACCAUGUAGGAUUCAGCCAUGGUUUUAACUGUGGGGAAGCUGCCAACUUUGGAACUCCACAAUGGCUUAAAGUAGCUAAGGAAGCUGCAGUCCGUAGAGCUGCCAUGAACUAUCUUCCCAUGCUUUCUCAUCAGCAGCUUCUAUACCUGCUGACCAUGUCUUUUGUUUCCAGAGUGCCAAGAUCCUUACUACCAGGCGCUCGGAGUUCUCGUCUUAGAGAUCGUCAGAGAGAAGAAAGAGAGUUGUCAGUAAAGAAGGCUUUUCUAGAAGACAUGUUAAAGGAAAAUGAUGUUUUAUCUGCUUUUCUUGAGAAAAAUUCCACUUGUCAUGUGGUGAUAUGGAACCCUGAUUUGCUUCCUUGUGCAAGUAAAGAGUCUCAAUUACUCAGCAUAACUUCUACUAUCACUACUACAUCAAAUGAAAAUGCUUCCCAUGUUCAUUCUGACUUAAAUAGUAAUAGUAAUGAGAAUGAUCUGUUUAAGGAGAUGAGCUUGUAUAUGGAAACUCUCAAUGAUUUAUACAUGGAAGAUGAUUUAUCGUGUGAUUUUCAAGUUGAUUCGGGGACAUUAGCAUGUGUGGCAUGUGGAAUCCUUGGUUUUCCAUUUAUGUCCGUUGUACAACCUUCGGAGAGAGCAUUUAUAGAACUUACACCUGGGGAUUAUCUUUUGGCUCAAGAAGAGCCAGGAGUUACAAGAAGCGAUAAUGUUCAGCCCUCUUCAAACCCUGAUAUCUCUGUUAAAGGCUCCAUUCCAGAUGAUCAUGCUCCUGUGAGUGAUCUUUCUGUGUCCCUGAAGGAUCUUCCAGCGCCAACAGGGUGGAACACUUCUCGUAAGUUUUUGAGACCUCGUAUUUUCUGCCUGGAGCAUGGUGUCCAAAUUGAGGAGCUGUUACAGUCUAAAGGUGGAGCAAACAUGCUUAUAAUUUGCCAUUCAGACUAUCAAAAGAUAAAAGCUCAUGCUUUUGCCAUCGCGGAGGAAAUUGAGAAUCCUUUCAAUUAUAACGAGGUUCCUUUGGAAGCUGCAUCCCAAGAAAAUCUGAACUUGAUAAAUCUUGCAAUCGAUGAUGAAGAUCAUCAUGAAUGUGGAGAAGAUUGGACAUCGAAACUGGGUAUCAACUUACGGUAUUGUGUAAAGAUCAGAAAGAACUCUCCAUCUAAGAAAGUUCAACAUGCAUUAGCAUUGGGAGGAUUAUUCUCUGACAGAAGUCUCAGUUCAGAUUUCUUAAACAUCAAAUGGCAAUCUAGAAGAUCUCGGUCAAGAAUCAAGUUCAAUCAGCCUGUCAAUUGUAAACCAUGCAAGAUUAUGGAAACAAACAAAGAUGAAUUGUUGGGGAAUAAGUCAGAUGGUCUCACUGACAAAAAAGAAAAAAAACUUAUUCAUUACACAAGAAGGAAGUACAAGGUAAAAAUAGAUUAUUCCACAAAUGGGCUUCGAAGAUGCUCUAGAAGGUGCUUGGCAGAAGAAGUUUCAGGAGCUAGUGGUGAUGAUCCUGAUAAGCAUGCUGAACAAACUACUGUGAUUUACCCUUGCAACAUUGGGAUUACCGGAAGUGGUUCUGCAGCAUUUGGUUUUUCUCCCAUUGAAGAUUCUGAAAUGCUGCAUGAGGUCCAGGUGCUGGAAGCAGCUAGUGGUUUGACCUUGAAUUCUGCUCCUUCACAAAUUGCAGGUUCAAUUCUCACUGCUACCAUGGCUGUCGAAAGUGUUGCGGGGCAGAUUGAGGAUCAAUUGCUGGAGGAAUCAAACACCGAGAGGAACAUUUGUAAUGUAAAAGCCAGUGGUAGUUGUGAGAUAGAGCAUGAGAUAAAUGCCUCAGGAGGAACCAGUGAAAGACAGGAUUUUUGCACCGCAAAAUGCUGCAGUCCAUUUGACACUGCAGCUAAUGAAAGAUUUGAAAUGCAGAUAGAGGAUCAAAUUAUGGGAAAUGUCAACAUUAUGAGUGAGACUUGUGAUUUGGUUUCAGAAGGACAACAAAGGAUCCUGUAUGAUGAUGAUGAUGCUUCAAUGCAUGAGGUUUCUGAUCUUGCUAACUCAGCAAGUUUACAUGUUUCUCACCUCCCUGUCGCACAAAUGGCGAAUGUAGUUGUGGAGAAUUCAUCCAUUAACAAUGAGGUUUCUCCUCCUGUGACUUUGGAUAAUGAAGUGCAGAGAGAGAUCGAGACUAAAAGCAGAACCAAUGGUGACCAAUGCUCUUCAAGUGAUGACACACUGAUGAAUCAACCUCCUACCACACCGGAUGAAAGAUGUGAUCAUGAGCAAGAGACCUGUGCAGCAGAAAAUAAGAUGCAGCAAGAAACUGAAAUCACAAAUGGGAGUAAUGAGGAACUGGUUCUAAGUGAUGUUAUUAGUGGGCCUAAUAUUGUUCCUAUGGAUGAAAGUUCUGAAUUUCAUAGAGAGCCGCAUGCUGCAGUCAACUUGUGCAAUGGUGUGGCUUUUGAAAGUGGGGAGCAGCUGGUUUUUCUGACUACAAAUGAUUCUAACAAGGAACUUACUUCAUGUUCUGGUACACAAAUGGAAAUAAAUCCAUCUACUGCGUCACCAGAAUUCUCUAAACUAAAUAGGCAGGACUCUGCUGAAAAUGACUUGUGCAGUGGUUCUACUUUAGGCACUGUUGUACCACUAGAAAUUCCAACUACAGACAUAAGCACUGUGGAGGAAUUUGCCCCUAAUUCUGCAACCAAAAACCAAGUACUUGCUGAAGCUUCAAGAGAGAUCUGUGUUAUUCAAGACUUGUAUUCUUGUAUGGAUUUAGAACCUGAAGUAGAGCAGGAAAUUCAGUCCAAUGAUGGGGUGAUUGGAGACAGUGUAGCACAGAAAAUGCACGAGAGUUCAAGUUCUAUUAACGAAGACAGACCUGUGUCUACUUGUGUUAUUCUGGUAAAUCAGCCUACUCCUUCCUCAGUUAAAAAAUGUUGUGACAUUGAAUACAAAUCUUGUGGUGGAGAAAGUGUGGUAAAAUGCAAUGAAGUUUGUUCAUCUCAGGAGAUUGAGAGCAUUGAGUCCACUGUGGUAGACUUUAGAUCAAAUGCUGGAAAGGGCAGAAAAAGAAAGGGUGAAGUGGAGCAGCCAACAGAAAACAAGCUCAAUAGCAAUGGCUUCAUCAGGAGUCCAUGCGAAGGAUUGAGACCAAGGGCAGGGAAAGAUGCAACAUGUAAGAGUGAGGUUGAUGUUGGAAAAUCAGCUGAGGAGAAUCCAGUAACAAAGAGGUCAAGGAAACCUUCUGAUGCUUCAGUUCCUCGCCCAAAAAGGAAAGAAAUCACAAAGAGAUCUCACAAGUGUAAUCUAGAAGGUUGCCGCAUGAGUUUUGAGACAAAGACAGAGUUACAGUUGCACAAGCGCAACCGAUGCACAUAUGAUGGAUGUGGUAAGAAGUUUCGUUCCCACAAAUAUGCAAUAGUUCAUCAACGUGUUCAUGAAGAUGAUAGACCGCUCAAGUGUCCAUGGAAGGGUUGCUCCAUGUCGUUCAAGUGGGCAUGGGCCAGGAUUGAGCAUAUUCGGGUGCACACUGGUGAGAAGCCAUACCUGUGCAAGGUUGAAGGCUGUGGCCUUUCUUUCAGGUUUGUAUCAGACUUCAGUCGGCACAGGAGGAAAACAGGACACUAUUCAAACACACCUGCAUGAAGAUUUAUUUUGUAAUCAGGCUGGAUCUGUAUCAUAUGGAAAUGAGAAAUUGAAUUUUGAGGCCAAAUAGGCUUGCAAAGUCAAUUGUAAAAACUUGAAUAUUGUAGGUUAGGGUUAGACUGAUCCUUUUGUAGGGGGACAUUCACAAUUAUUUGAAUGCAGUGGUAGUUGAAAACCCUUUUUCCA